CUUCAUAUUCGCAACCGGUGCCUUCCUUUUCAAGACGAUUGUCGAUCAGCGGAAGGGGGAAUACAAACCUCAAGGACCCGUCUCUGGCCACAGUCCGAGCCGCCCAUAAACAUCCCCCGCAACCCCUCUCCUCUCGCCCGUAAUGCCCGCAAUUGACCAUCUCGGCGCCACUACGCGCUCCUCGCCGCUCUGGUCUGCAGACAAGGUGACGGUGAUAUUUGUUCUUGGUGGGCCGGGUGCUGGAAAAGGCACGCAAUGUGCCAAACUGGUCGCCGACUACGGCUUCAAGCAUCUCUCUGCGGGCGACUUGCUGCGAGAGGAGCAGGACCGACCAGGCUCUGAAUUUGGCGAGAUGAUCAAGACGUACAUCAAGGAAGGCACUAUUGUGCCCAUGGAAGUCACGGUCCAGCUUUUGGAGAACGCAAUGAAGGCUACGAUGGAGCAGGACAACAAACACAUGUUCUUGAUCGAUGGCUUCCCGCGAAAACUCGACCAAGCCCACGCCUUCGAGCGCUCUGUGGUGCCCUCAAAAUUCACUCUUUUCUUCGACUGCCCCGAAGACGUGAUGCAAGAGCGGCUGCUCAACCGCGGCAAGACCUCCGGCCGCGCCGAUGACAAUGCCGAGUCCAUCAAGAAGCGCUUCAAGACCUUUGUCGAAACCUCGAUGCCGGUUGUCAACGAAUUCGAGGCUCAAGGCAAGGUUGUCAAGGUCACGGCCACCAAGAGUCCGGAUGAAGUGUAUAACGACGUGAAGGCAAAGAUAAAGGAGAGGGGUGUGGAACCUAUUAAGAUUACAUUCGUGCAGAUGCAAGAGUAGAAGAGAGGCAGCUGAGGCAGAUGACGAGAUCGAGAGUGUGCCAGCCCGGUGCGGAGGACUUUUGGAAUGAAUUCAUACAACUUAGA